AUGGAUCACCCAAAUGAUCACCAGUUCAUUUUCCGGUCCAAACUCCCCGAUAUUUACAUCCCCAACCACCUCCCUCUCCACACCUACUGCUUCGAAAACAUCUCCCAGUUCAAAGACCGCCCCUGCCUCAUUAACGGCAACACCGGCGAGACCUACACCUACGCCGACGUCGAGCUCACUUCGCGCAAAGUCGCGGCGGGGCUCGACAAGCUCGGCAUUCACCAGCACGACGUCGUCAUGCUCCUCCUCCAGAACUGCCCCGAAUUCGUCUUGGCAUUCCUUGGGGCUUCGCGCAUCGGGGCGGUGGUAACCACCGCGAACCCGUUCUACACCCCCGCCGAGGUAGUCAAGCAGGCAAAGGCCUCGACCACGAAGCUCAUCAUAACGCAAUCAGCUUACGUCGACAAAGUCAAAGACUUCGCCAUAAAAAACGACGUCAAGAUCAUGGUUGUUGACGAGUCACCAGCCGACGACGUGUCGGUUCAUCAUUUCUCGGAGCUGACCAUAGCGGACGAGAAUGAAAUCCCGGCUGUGAAAAUAAACCCGGACGACGUCGUUGCGCUGCCGUAUUCUUCCGGGACCACGGGGCUCCCGAAAGGAGUUUUGUUGACGCACAAGGUGCUGGUGACCAGCGUGGCGCAACAAGUGGAUGGGGAGAACCCAAAUUUGUAUUUUCAUGAGGAGGACGUGAUCCUCUGUGUGCUUCCUCUGUUCCAUAUCUACUCCCUCAAUUCGGUGUUCCUUUGCGGACUCAGAGUUGGGGCGGCGAUUUUAAUCAUGCAGAAGUUUGAGAUUGGCAAGCUGUUGGAGCUUGUGGAGAGAUGUAAGGUGACCAUUGCUCCUUUUGUGCCUCCGAUCGUUUUGGCUAUUGCCAAGAGCCCGGACUUGCAUCGGUACGACUUGUCCUCGAUACGGAUGGUGAUGUCCGGGGCGGCGCCGAUGGGGAAGGAGCUUGAGGAUGCUGUGAGGACUAAGCUGCCUGAUGCCAAACUCGGACAGGGGUAUGGAAUGACAGAGGCGGGACCCGUGCUGUCAAUGUGCUUAGCAUUUGCAAAGGAACCAUUUGAGAUAAAAUCAGGUGCAUGCGGGACCGUCGUAAGAAAUGCUGAGAUGAAGAUCGUGGACCCUGACACUGGUGCUUCGCUUCCCCGAAAUCAAUCUGGGGAGAUUUGCAUCAGAGGCAGCCAAAUCAUGAAAGGUUACCUUAAUGACCCUGAGGCGACAGAGAGAACCAUAGAUAAAGAGGGCUGGUUGCACACAGGUGAUAUAGGCUACAUCGAUGAUGAUGAUGAGCUCUUCAUCGUUGAUCGGUUAAAGGAACUCAUCAAAUACAAAGGUUUCCAGGUGGCCCCCGCUGAGCUUGAAGCCAUGUUGAUUGCCCACUCCAACAUCUCAGAUGCUGCUGUUGUACCUAUGAAAGAUGAAGCUGCAGGAGAAAUUCCUGUUGCAUUUGUUGUAAGAUCAAACGGUUCCAAGAUCUCCGAAGAGGACAUCAAGCAAUACAUCUCAAAACAGGUGGUGUUCUAUAAGAGAAUUGGUCGGGUUUUCUUCACAGACAAAAUACCCAUAGCACCUUCUGGCAAAAUCUUGAGAAAAGACUUGAGAGCAAGGCUGGCUGCAGGCCUACCCAAUUAG